CUGACCGGAUUUCCGGUGGCUGCCAUUAUCUUAACUGCCAAGCCGAUCCCUUUGGGCGCGGCAUCUGCGUUCGGCCCAGGGUUCCCUGUGCAGCUCUCGCAGGAAACCUAGCAGAGUCGGACGCUCAAUUUGUUGUCUCUCCAACCUGCGCACUCAGCAGAGUGUGUGCCUAUCUGCCUUUGUUCUUCACCAUGGCUUCUCACAAGACAUUCAGGAUCAAGCGAUUCCUUGCUAAGAAACAAAAGCAAAAUCGUCCCAUUCCACAAUGGAUCCAGAUGAAAACUGGCAAUAAAAUCAUGUACAACUCCAAGAGGAGACACUGGAGACGAACCAAACUGGGUCUAUAAGGAACCACAUAUUGUACGCUGUUUGAAGGUCACCAUUAAACUUACUGUAUCAAGUUGAAAACAUUACUGUUGUCUGGACAGCAGAGUGUGUUUAUUGGAAUAUGAGGGGUUUUUUUUGUUUCUAUGUUCUUGUAGGUUCAUUCAGUAGUCCUCUAAUAAAUAUGUGAAACAUUU